AUGUCAAAUCCUUUUGAACAUGACGAUGGUGAGGAGACCUUAACCAUAGAUCUCCCUGAAGAUUUCAAUGAAGAAAAAACAGACUCGAAAUACUGCAUAGUUGCUAAGGUCAUCAAUGGUCGACAAUAUGGGCUUGGUAUACUCCAUAAUAUUCUCCAAAGAGCCUGGAGACCUUCGGGGGAUAUCACCGUUUCUGAUUUUGGUCUAGGUAUUUACAUGAUUAAAUUUGCUCUUAGAUGUGAUUAUUUUGCAGUUAUAGAAGGAUCACCGUGGUCUAUCAAUAAUGAUCUUCUUCUUUUCGAAUUAUGUGAACCUGGUAAACUGCCUUCGGAAUACACCUUCCAACAUGCUGUGUUCACUAUCCAAAUCCAUGGUCUACCAAUCAACCAUAUUAAUGAAAAAACAGUUUCACACAUUGCUGCAAGAUUAGGAACCCCUCUUCCAUCCAAACAAGGAGAGUCUGUUAAGUGGGGGAAGUAUGCCAGGGUUAGAGUUAAACUUGACAUCACAAAGUCUAUUAGACAGAAGAUCAAAGUUACUUUACCGUCAAAGAAAGUUGUUGAGAUAGAUUUGAGAUAUGAGAAACUCCCAAGGCUCUGUUUUUACUGUGGAUUAUUUGGUCAUUUGGUGAAGCAAUGCCCUAUAUUAUCCAGAAAGUUGGAAGGUUUAGAGAUUGACUUGGAGCAAGGUUUCGAGCAAAAAGCCAAAGAACUGAAACUAGCAAGAUUCACAGAGGAUAUACAAGCAAAUUUCAGAUCAGCUUCAUCUACUUCUUCUCAACUUGCCGGAGUUCAGACGCAGAUUCUCGAAGAAACACCGGAGAAGCAGAACCGUCCAUCCACAUCUAAGGAAUCAUUACAGCCUGUCACAUGCCCUAACUCCAGAAAUCACUGCAUUGAUUUCCUUAUCAAUACCGUUACAAGAAAAUCGAGCAAGAAUGAAACGGCUCCAAUUAUUAAUGAUUGUCUUCUACCCAAUAAUCUCAUAACUGCUAGUAAUGGUACAUAA